AUGCCUCGCAGAAAGCCAUUUUCGCAUAAACAAAAGAAAGCUCAACUACAGGAGAAGCGCGCAGUUAAACGCGGCGAUGUCGACUCAGACGCUCUGAUCCCUUCUGCUUCCGGAACUGCCCGUCGACGAACAGCUCCAUCUUCCAGAGUGUUGCAACCCUCCGACGCACGCAAGAUUGAGUCGACAAGAAGACUUCAAUCUACAUUCCUCAAGCAAUCCCAUGAGUUUCGUAUUCGGUCCAAACUUCUCGCGUCUACAUUUGCCCUUCCUCGACCAAUUAAAGACUCAGCAUGCCAUGUUCCAAAUGAUAUCAUAGAUUUGCCUGACGAUCUCGGAUGUCCAAAGAGGCCUAAAUGGCGCUAUGACAUGUCUAAGAAGGAAGUGGACUCGAAUGAAGCCCGCUCAUUUGAACAAUGGCGAGAGCAUGCUGCCAAGCGAAUGAACGAAUGGCAAGGGCGUGGUGAGGAAUCUAAUGAAACGUUAGAUCCACUCGGGGACUUAAACUCUCCGUCCCACUACGAGGAGAAUCUCGAGGUUUGGAGACAACUAUGGAGAGUGACUGAGAUUUCGAGCAUUCUCCUUGUUUUGCUUGACACCCGCUGUCCGCCUUUGCAUAUUCCUCCGUCCCUGCAUAAUUUCAUUUCUUCUCUUCAACCUCCCAAGCAAGUUAUAUUCAUACUUACAAAAAUAGGCAUAGUGGGUGAGGAAUGCGCCUCCGCUUGGCGGAGUUGGCUGGAACAGCGGUUCCCCGCGUAUCAGGUCAUUCUCACCGAAAGCUACCGUCAAAUGGAGGGCGAAGAAGAGCGGAAAGGACAAGGCUCCAGAAAACAAUAUACACCCCACAUUGCGGCCGUUGCGCUGGAAUCGCUCGUGGUUGCUCUGAAACGGGCGCAUGGGAAUCUCUUAAUUCCACCUGCACACGUUCUAGCUUCCCCUGACAAGAUUGCACGAUGGCGACCGAGAGUGCGUGAGUCUGUUGAUUGGGACGCAGUGAUCAGGUCGCAUGAGUCCAAAAUUUCUUCGCAUGGAGAUGCCCACGAGCCCCUUGGUAGCGUAGAUGCUGAAUCGGAUGGCGGACAUGAAGAGAAUGCAGGAGAUGAUGAACCUGAAAACGAUAUCGUUCUCUUACCAGAUCUUCCAGGUCAGCCGAAUGUGGGCAAAUCUAGUUUGCUGAACGCACUUUUCGGUGCCAAAAAAGUGAAGGCAUCGCGAACUCCUGGAAAGGUGACGUCCGAGCACGUUGAGAAAUUCAUGAAGUUGACCUUGGCGUUGAACCAGACAAAACAUUUCCAAACCCUGUUCUGGACCCCGGAAAUUCGGCUAGUGGAUUGUCCAGGGCUCGUCCUGCCGAAUUAUGUCCCUAUGGAGCUUCAAGCUCUUUGCUCAAUACUGCCGAUCUCACAAAUCCUAACCAUUCCGUCCUGUAUUCGGUACAUAGGCUCAAUUAUGCCGUUGGAGGAGGUAUUUAGGUUACAAAAUUUUCAUCCUUCUCAUGUGGCAAAGGAACCUGUCCAAGAUAAACGAACAUGGAGAACUCCCCGACAACGGCCUGCAGUCUUGCCAACUAAAAGCCCUUUGAAAUGGACAGCGAUAGACGUUAUGACUGCGUUUGCCAUCAAAAAAGGAAUGGUCACUGCAAAGGCGGGACGGCCCGAUGUUAAUCGUGCUGGGAAUGCAAUCCUUCGUGCGAUUGCUGAGAAUAAAGUUCGCUGGGCGUUCUGGCCUCCUGGAUACAUUCAGAGUCGGACAAAGACGAAAGGGAUCUGGAUUGCUGAUGAUCAUCCCAGCAUGGAAUCUUUGGAUGACAGCGAUGAAGCAGAGAAUGAUUACUCUGACAUUGACCUACCCCAAAAACGCCAUCACCAUGAUCCGGAAGCUGCAUCUGACACAGACGAAUUAGACUCGGAUGAUGUUGAGGGUCCAAUCAGUCGUUUUAGCAUCCUGGAUAUUGAGGAUGUAUGCACAGGGGAUGAUGGGUCCGAAGGAGGGAGCGAUGUUGCAAGUGACGAGGCUUGA